UGAGUAAUAUUUGUUAGCACUGCGGGCAGCGUAUAAAAUUGCAAAUAGUUUAUUUAAAUUUAGUAGACAUUUAUAGAGAAAUCUCCAAAAGUCUACAAUAUUAAUUAAUUAAACCAAAUAAAGUUACAUAUUCAAAUCAAAGACCAAAACCCACACAUAUGAAGAUCGGCAAAUGGUUUUGAACUUUGCAACGCAAAAGAGCUUUAGCGACACAAUAACUUAACUUACCGGCUAUUAAAAAAAAAAAGCUCAACACCAAAUACCAGCUUACCAGCAUUGCUGCCAGUUUCAUUGCGAACACUUAGCAUGGUCAAAAUCAGUAUCGAAACGGAACGCAACACGCGAACAACACAUAAAUCCGCUAAAAGCGCUGGCGCACAGUAAACGCGAGUUACGUUGGUUGCAAGCCAACGCAUACAAAUUAAGUCAAUGAGAUUGUUUAAUAAGAAAAUGCCAAUUGUGAACGGUGAAUUAGCCAAUGAGCGUAGCAGUGAUCGCAUCAUCGCAUCAAUUUAACAACAACAACAACAAACGCGCUGUGCACACACACACAUACACAGCGAGUAUCUUAGAAACAAACAAACACCACAUCAACCACAACCACAAAAGUCUAAAGCUGGCAUUAAGAAACCUAACAAAAUUUCAAUUAUAAAGCUUAAUAUAUAGUUUAUAAAUAAAUACGCGAUAUUGUAAAGUUAUACGUGUGCAUAUGUAUGUUCAUGUGUCGGCUGUAAACAAUCGUAUUUGCAGUUAUUGUGAUCAGUUAGUAUAAAAAAAAUAAAAAAUAAAAAACAAAAACAAAAUAUGUUAUGUUAUCAGUGUAAAGUGCCGCUCAACUGCCGCUGCCACCACCGCCUCAACUUGGUGCUGUUCGUCUUCCUUGCAACGCUGCUGCAACGCGCACAGUUGACAGCUGCUCAGGGUAUCUAUUCAAUAAUUGCGCCCAACACACUGCGGCCCAACUCACAGUAUCAUGUCGCUGUAAGUGUACAUAAGUCGCCGGAACCUGUCAAAGUGAAGCUGGGCAUAAUUGGUAGCAGCUAUACCGAUUUUAAAUUUGCAGAAGUGCGACCAUACUCAACGGAGCUGGUGCUUUUUGAGAUACCGGCGCUGAAACGCGAUCGCUACAACUUAACCGCUGAGGGUGUCAGUGGCGCCAUAUUCACCAAUGAAACGCAGCUGAACUUUGACACAAAACAGUUCACAGUAUUGGUGCAAACCGACAAAGCCAUUUAUCGGCCUGGUGAUUUGGUGCAUUAUCGUGUGCUGGUUUUGGAUGCCAAUUUGAAGCCCGCACGAAAUAUUGGACGUGUGCAGCUAAUAAUACGUGAUGCUGGCGACAAUAUCAUACAAAACUACCGCGAUAUACGUCUAACGAAUGCCGUUUAUAGCAAUGAGCUACAAUUGUCGGACUAUCCAAAAAUGGGUGAAUGGUCGCUGAACGUUGAGGUGAUGGAAGAGUCUCACCGCAGCACUUUCGAGGUGAUUGAGUAUAUUUUGCCAAAAUUCGUGGUGGACAUAGACACAGCGAAACAUGCAAUCUACAAGGAUGGCAAAAUACGCGCCACCAUCAAGGCACAUUAUGCCUACGGUGAACCAAUUAAAGGCGAGGCUACACUCUCCAUUUACCCAACCUUCUUCGGUUCAUUGCAACCGUUCGUUAAUGAUUUGAUUACGAGAAAAGUAGUGCCCAUCGACGGUAAUGCUUUUCUAGAGUUCGAUAUACGUGAUGAGCUCAAGCUGAAGGAGGAUUACGAACGCGAAUACUUGUUGGAUGCGUUAGUUGAAGAAAAGUCCACUGGUUCGGUGCAGAAUUUCUCCACUGUGAUAACGGUACAUUUAGAUGCUUACCGUGUUGAGACUGUACGAAUUCCUAGCUAUUAUAUACCUGGUGUGCCAUUUGAGGUGACGGCAAAGGUUGUACGCAAUGAUGGUGCUCAACUCAAGGACUUCCCACCCGAGGCGACCGCAUAUCUCACUAAUGUCUAUGGCAGUAGUGAGAUGUACAACAAAACUGCAUAUGGCAUCAAUACAAAUGGUGAAUUUAAAAUGAAAUUUACGGUACCAGAAGGCGAUAAGGAUGAAUAUCAUUCGGUUAUUGUGAACUAUAUCGGCAUUAUCACAGAUGUCGGUAAAAUACCACGUAAGCACUUGCAUAGCAAAAAUUAUAUUACCGCAAAAGUAUUGAAUGACAAGCCCACGAUAAAUCAGGAUGUCGCUGUAGCUGUACGUUCUAAUGAACCCAUGAAGUAUUUCGUGUAUCAAAUUGUAGGGCGUGGCGAUAUUAUAACAACUCAUGCUGUACAAGUGGAUAACAGUAACUAUCAUACCUUUAAAUUUUUGUCCACAUUUGCUAUGAUGCCGCGCGCUAAAUUACUCAUCUAUAUGGUGGUAAAUGGUGAAUUUAUCUAUGAUGAGCAAGUGAUCGAAUUUGAGCACACUUUGAUAAACAAUGUGCAAGUUGAAGCACCGCUUAAGGCACCACCAGGACAAGACAUCGAUAUAACAAUCACAACAAAGCCAUACUCCUAUGUGGGACUAAUGCUAGUUGAUCAAAAUGCGGCGAAUAUAAGAAAAGGUAACGAUCUUAGUUAUGAGGGUCUUAUGGCUGCGUUAAGCACCUACGAACUGCGUGAUGUCAAUACACAACGCGGUUCGCCUGGUAAGGAAUCGGGCGUUAUAACAAUGUCGAAUGCUGAUUUCAUAAUAGAAAAGGAACCAGAAACCACACCGAAUUUGCUGCGCGAUUAUGAUGAUGAUGAUGACAAUAAGUUGACGACAAUACGAAAGACCGAUAUAGGUCCCGCACAUCACAUCGAGGUGAAUACUUUGGCACCGGGUAAGGGUCGUUAUGCCUUCUCCUACACACCGAAACCCUAUUGGCAUAAUCCACGCAUAUAUUUGAUGCACGAACCGGCUGACACUUGGCUCUUCCUCAACAUGUCGGCGGGCAAUGAGGGACGCACGACUUUACAUCGUCGUAUACCCAGCUCCAUGACUUCAUGGUCGCUGUCCGCAUUUUCAUUGGAUCCAAUAACCGGUUUGGGUUUGACGAAGUCAACGAAAACACUGCAGUCUUAUAAGGAAUUUUAUAUUACCACCGAAAUGCCAUAUUCGAUUAGAAAGGGAGAGACUAUCGCUUUGCCAUUCGUUAUCACGAACAAUAAAGAUGCCGAUUUGGAUGUGGAAGUAACAUUUUACAAUACCGCACAGGAGUUUGAAUUUCCACAACUCGACAGCAACGGCGAUCCCACACCAAAAAUCGAAUUGUAUAGAAGUCGUAAAGUGCGUGUGCUUGCUCAAUCUGCUAAACCAGUCGCUUUUAUUGUGAAGCCUAAACGUGUCGGCGCCAUUAAUGUUAAGGCUGUCGCGAACUCUCAACUGGCUGCCGACACAAUCGAAACAACGCUACUCGUUGAAUAUCCCGGUGCUAUGGAAACAGUUAAUCAUGGUUUCCUCUUUGAGCUCAGCUCAAGCCCACAAACCAAAACGAAUAUCAGCGUGAAGGUGCCACGUAAUGCGAUUGCCGACUCCACCCGAAUACAAGUGACCGCUGUCGGUGAUGUUAUAGGUAGUUUAUUGGGGAAUAUAGAGCAUUUAAUUGUGCUGCCCACGGGUUGUGGUGAACAGACGAUGGUACAUUUUAUGCCCAACCUAUUGGUACUACGUUAUCUGCAACGUAUCAGUCAACUGACACCGUCGAUUGAAAUGCGUAUCAAACGCAAUCUGGAAGUGGGCUAUCAACAUUUGCUCUACUACAGACACAUGAACGGUGCUUUCAGCGCUUUUGGUAUAGAGCAGAAGCGUGGUUCUACCUGGUUAACCGCUUAUGUGGCACGCGCGUUGCGGCAGGCUGCGCCACACAUUUACAUUGAUGAGGCGAUUGUGAAGAGUGCUUUGGAAUAUUUAGUUAGCACACAAAAUGCGAAUGGCGGUUUCGAAGAGAGUGGCGAUGUAUUCGAGGAUUUCGGUGAUGACGGUUUGAGUUUAACGGCAUUUGUAACGUUGGCCUUCAUAGAGAAUGUGAAAGCAUAUCCCGAGUACACGAACCUGCUCAACAAAGCUUUGGACUACUUAACACGUGGUUUGGACAAUUCCAACGAUUUGCAUGCCACAGCCAUUGGCACAUACGUGUUAUCGCGCGCCAAUCACAACUCCAAAAGCGCUUUUCUGCAACGACUCGACUCGUUGGCCGUCAAUGAAGAUGGCAAAAAGUGGUGGAAUAAAACCGCACCAACCGCCGAAGGGCCCUCACCUUGGUACAAUCGCACACGCUCGGUCAACAUUGAGAUCUCUUCGUAUGCCGCACUCGCACUGCUCGAAAACAAUCUGAUCGGCGAUGCUUUGCCAGUGCUCAAGUGGCUGGCGGAUCAGCGUAAUGCUUUUGGUGGUUUCGUCUCCUCACAAGACACUGUGGUGGGCAUACAAGCACUGAUGGCCUUCGCCGAACGCUUUUCCAGUCAAGCGAAUAAUGUGCAGAUCAGUGUGCAGUAUGGACAGGGUGUCGAGACAAUGCUGAAUGUGAAUGCGCAGAAUUCACUGGCGCUACAAAGCUAUGAGCUACCGAAUACCAUAAGAAAUGUGACCAUAUCGGCUACAGGGCGUGGCACGGCGUUCGCGCAAUUGAGUUACACUUACAAUACGAAUGUGACGAGCGCAUGGCCACGAUUCGUAUUAGAUCCGACAGUGAAUCGUAAUUCGCAUUCGGAUUACCUGCAUCUAUCGGCUUGUGCGAGUUUCGUGUCCGUAGAGGGUGAUGCUAGUCGCUCCAAUAUGGCAGUCAUGGAGAUAUAUUUACCCAGUGGCUUUGUGGUGGACACUGCAACACUGCCCACACUGGAAUCCAGCGAAAGAAUUAAGCGUGUAGAGACGCAACGUCGCAAUACAGUUGUUGUGAUUUACUUCGACUACUUGGAUAGACGAGAAGUUUGCCCCACUUUGCAUGCUUACAAAACUGUAAAAGUGACCGGUCAUCAGCUGGUGCCAGUAGUCAUGUACGAUUACUAUGACAAUGCUCGGCGUGCGCGUCAAUUCUAUCGUGCACCAAAAUCCGUUGUUUGCGAUAUAUGCGAACACGCCAACUGCGGUACGCUCUGUGAGAAAGCGGAGAAGCGCGAAUCGCGUCGCUUUGGUGGCAGCGAUAGCGAAGUGGAAGGUAGAACGGUCAACUCGAGUACGCGUAGUAUAGCCUCUGUGCUCUUGCUGCUCACACUGGCAGUGGUUGCAGCGCAUUUGACAUAA